AUGGCGGCUGCAAUUAUUGAACAUGGACAUUCACUUUCUGUCGAGCCAAAGCCUGACGGAGUCGAGGAAUUUCAAAAUUUUCCUGGAGAAGGCAUUUAUGGGAAAAUUGAUGGGAACGAUAUCCAUGUUGGGAACCGGAAAAUUGCCAUGAGAGCAGGGUGUGCAACAGUUCCAAUCUUAGAAGGUGGUGCUACAGAAGGAAAGUCUGUUGGAUACAUAUUCUUGAAUUCUCUUCCUGCUGGAAUUUUCAGCCUCUCUGAUGUUUGUCGAACUGGGGUCCAAGAGACGAUCAAAGAAUUGAAAAUAAUGGGCAUUAAAACAGCUAUGCUUACAGGAGAUUGUCAUGCAGCAGCUAGGCAUGCACAAGAUCAGAAGAUACCAAAGGCAGUCCGACUUGCAAGAAGAACCUGCCAAAAAGUGAUCGAGAAUUUGAUUUUAUCAGUUACUACUAAGGCUGCCAUACUGGCAUUGGCCAUUGCAGGUCACCCCAUAGUUUGGGCGGCAGUUCUGGCUAAUGUUGGGUCAUGCUUGCUAGUGAUCUUAAACAGCAUGCUACUUUUACGAGGAGCACCGCAAUAUUCAAAAAAAUGCUGCAAAUCCUCUGCUGUGCUGCAUGACCACAAACAUGGAAGCGAAACUGAUGGUGGCCACUGCUCCCACACCAAACAACAUUGUUCUGAUAUUGAAGCUCAAAAGAUGUAUGAGCCUCAAAGCUGCUCUUCCAAGAUGUGUGCAUCAAGGGAUCAUGGAAAACGUGACAUGUUCACUGAGGAUAUAGAAUUAGGCAGUGUACACAACCAUGCUUGCUUGGGCCAUUCGAGCUGUUGUGGGGAGGAUGAAGACGUAAUAAAAGUUGAAAAUCAUGGUGGUUGUGUAGCAGGUGAUAUGAUCCACGAGGCAAAACAUUGCGAGCACAAGGACCAUAGCAUGAUCAAUCACAAUAUGGAAAUGUACAGUGUUCACAACCACUUGGAUUGUUCAAUCAGUUCGGAAGAACUAGACCCAGACUUGCCUACCAAUAAGCAUUGCCACAAGAACAUUUGCAUGAAAAACUGCUUAGAAAACCGCAUCAGCGAUGAAUCAUUAAGCAACAUGGUCAAAAGUUGUAGCAAGAAUUGCCCACCAAAUGGGGAGGAUCAUUCUGAGUGCAAAAAGCAUGCUACAGAAGGUGGUAAGCUUCGCAAAAACUUGUGUUCAACUACUAACCAUGUGGAAUGUACAACUGUUAAGGCUUGUAUGAGUUUGGAGAAUAGACGAUUUGGUGCAUGUUGUGAGAGCUUUAGGAAGGGGUGUUGUGACAAAAAUGGACAUUUUGGUGCUAGUUUCAAAGGAGGUUUGUCAGAAAUUAUCAUCGAAUAGGUUUACUUAAAAGGAUAUUCAACUUCUUUUCCUUAUAAUUCGUUUGGGAAAUUUUGUAGAUAU